AUUCAAUCAUAUGAUUAUGUAUGUAAUGAAAUAGGAUGGUCCAGUUUUGGGUCUCUGGAAAAUUUGACGAUAUGGAGCUCGACCAUGGACGACAACUUCCUUGAUGCGGUUGGCAUCACGAUGACGGGUCUUGCUAGCUUGGAGAUUCGGAAUUCGCCUCUUGGAUCGGAUACUUUCCCGCAAGCGGUGUGUAACUUAACUCGUCUUCAAAACUUGUAUCUCCUGGAGACGAAUCUGACGGGUGAACUGCCGCAGUGUCUAUCAAAUAUGACCUCGCUACGAGUUAUUGACGUUGAUUCCAAUAAUCUAUCGGGAGAUGUAGAAAACCAAACGCGGAAAUAAACGAACACACGGAUUUAACGUGGUUUCCCCGUUCAACGU